GUUCGUCCCCCUUCCCCUACCUCCAAUCCUUUGCCCAGGAGCUGCCUUCAUCGCAGUCACGCCCCUUCCUUCCGAGGAGCUUUCUGGCUGCCUAAGCUGGUAGACCCCCUGAUUUAUUCCUCCAUCUCCGCUCCCUUUCGCCUCAUCUUCUCUUAGUUCUCACAGCCCCCUCCACCCCCACCUCCAGUCUGUCUCGCCUCGGACCAUCCGCUGCUCCACCCUCCGGCCCGGUAUCCUGCCUGUGCACUGCCACCAAGGAGAGCCCGGACGGAGCAGCGAGGAGGGAAGCAGCCGGGAGUUGGGGCUUCCCUCCUGCCUAUCCCUGGCCUCUGGCCCGGGACCGAAGCCACUUGAGCGAGCAGAGUCGUCACCUUGUCUUCGUUGCCUUCAGGGAGCUGCAGAGAAGGACAAAUAAGAUAACAGAAGUGAAAGAGCUCUUGUCUCCUUAGAAGAAAGGCUGAGAAACUUAAGAGUGACCAGUGGUUGGACUCUUGGCGGCGCUUACCCUGAACCUGAGUGUUAGGGGAGAGGGAAUCUGCCGUUGCGGUUUCUGGAGCUGCUCAUAAGCAAGAAUUCCCUAUCCUGAGCAAGGCUUUAAGCCUAAAAGAAAGCAGAAAUAGGUCAAGGGCAGCCCAGGUGCCCAAUUUCUCUCUCUCUUCACAAGGCACCACCAGCAAUAGAGAUGAGAAAUUCUGAAGAACAGCCAAGUGGAGGAACCACAGUAUUGCAGCGUCUGCUACAAGAGCAGCUCCGCUAUGGCAAUCCUAAUGAGAAUCGCAACCUGCUUGCCAUACACCAGCAAGCCACAGGGAACGGCCCUCCUUUCCCCAGUGGCAGUGGGAACCCAGGCCCUCAGAAUGAUGUGUUGAGUCCCCAAGACCACCACCAACAGCUUGUGGCUCAUGCUGCUCGACAAGAACCCCAGGGGCAGGAAAUCCAGUCAGAAAACAUCAUCAUGGAGAAGCAGCUUUCCCCUCGAAUGCAGAAUAAUGAAGAACUCCCGACCUAUGAGGAAGCCAAGGUCCAGUCCCAGUACUUUCGGGGCCAACAGCAUGCCAGUGUCGGAGCUGCCUUCUAUGUCACUGGAGUGACCAACCAGAAGAUGAGGACUGAGGGACGCCCAUCAGUUCAGCGGCUCAAUCCUGGAAAGAUGCAUCAGGAUGAAGGACUCAGAGACCUUAAGCAAGGACAUGUUCGCUCCUUGAGUGAACGACUAAUGCAGAUGUCACUGGCCACCAGUGGAGUUAAGGCUCAUCCGCCUGUUACCAGCGCUCCCCUCUCCCCACCACAACCCAAUGACCUCUACAAGAAUCCCACAAGUUCCAGUGAAUUCUACAAGGCCCAAGGGCCACCUCCCAGCCAGCAUAGCCUGAAGGGCAUGGAACACCGAGGCCCCCCACCAGAGUAUCCCUUCAAGGGCAUGCCACCCCAAUCUGUAGUGUGCAAGCCCCAAGAGCCAGGGCACUUCUAUAGUGAGCAUCGUCUGAACCAGCCAGGGAGAACAGAGGGGCAACUGAUGAGGUAUCAGCAUCCCCCUGAGUAUGGAGCAGCCAGGCCAGCGCAGGACAUCUCAUUGCCGUUGUCAGCCCGGAACUCUCAGCCUCACAGCCCGACUUCUUCCCUCACGUCUGGGGGUUCCUUACCCUUGCUGCAGUCUCCACCGUCCACUAGAUUAUCUCCUGCCCAACACCCCUUGGUCCCAAACCAAGGAGACCACUCAGCUCACCUGCCUAGGCCGCAGCAGCAUUUCCUCGCUAACCAGGCUCACCAGGGGGAUCAUUACCGUCUCCCCCAGCCCGGCCUGAGUCAGCAGCAGCCGCAGCCACCGCCGCCGCCACACCAUCACCACCAUCACCAGCAGCAGCAGCAGCAGCAGCCAGGAGAAGCCUAUUCAGCUAUGCCUCGGGCUCAGCAGUCGUCUGCUUCGUAUCAGCCAAUGCCAGCCGACCCUUUUGCCAUUGUUUCCAGAGCCCAGCAGAUGGUUGAGAUUCUCUCAGAUGAGAACCGGAACUUGCGGCAGGAGUUGGAAGGAUGCUAUGAGAAGGUGGCGAGACUGCAGAAGGUGGAGACAGAAAUCCAGCGUGUCUCAGAGGCAUAUGAGAACCUUGUGAAGUCAUCCUCCAAAAGAGAGGCCCUGGAGAAAGCCAUGAGAAACAAGCUUGAGGGCGAGAUUCGAAGGAUGCAUGACUUCAACAGGGAUCUGAGAGAGCGUCUAGAGACGGCCAACAAGCAGCUUGCAGAGAAGGAAUAUGAGGGGUCAGAAGAUACCAGAAAAACCAUCUCUCAGCUCUUUGCAAAAAAUAAGGAGAGCCAACGGGAGAAGGAGAAACUGGAAGCGGAGCUGGCCACUGCCCGUUCUACCAACGAGGACCAAAGGCGACACAUUGAAAUCCGAGACCAGGCCCUGAGCAAUGCCCAGGCCAAGGUGGUAAAGCUGGAGGAAGAGCUGAAAAAGAAGCAAGUGUACGUAGAUAAGGUGGAAAAGAUGCAGCAAGCUCUCGUACAGCUCCAGGCAGCGUGUGAAAAACGAGAGCAGCUGGAGCACCGUCUCCGGACACGACUGGAGAGAGAACUGGAAUCCCUCCGAAUCCAGCAGCGCCAGGGCAACUCUCAGCCCACCAAUGUUUCAGAAUACAAUGCCGCUGCACUGAUGGAGCUCCUUCGUGAGAAGGAGGAGAGGAUCCUGGCCCUGGAAGCUGACAUGACUAAGUGGGAGCAGAAGUAUUUAGAGGAGAAUGUGAUGAGACAUUUUGCUCUGGACGCUGCGGCCACCGUAGCUGCUCAGAGGGACACAACAGUCAUCAGCCACUCUCCUAACACCAGCUAUGACACAGCUCUAGAAGCUCGCAUCCAGAAGGAGGAAGAAGAAAUCUUGAUGGCCAACAAGCGUUGCCUUGACAUGGAGGGCAGGAUUAAGACCCUCCAUGCCCAGAUUAUUGAGAAGGAUGCCAUGAUCAAGGUACUCCAGCAGCGUUCCCGGAAGGAGCCAAGUAAGACAGAGCAGCUGUCAUCCAUGCGGCCAGCAAAGUCUCUGAUGUCCAUUUCCAAUGCUGGAUCAGGCUUGCUCUCCCAUUCUUCCACCCUGACUGGCACCCCCAUCAUGGAAGAGAAGCGGGAUGACAAGAGCUGGAAGGGGAGCCUAGGUAUCCUCCUGGGUGGAGACUACCGUGCCGAGUCUGUCCCUUCCACCCCCUCGCCUGUGCCGCCCUCGACUCCCCUACUGUCAGCUCACUCCAAGACAGGCAGCCGGGACUGCAGCACGCAAACAGAACGGGGAACGGAACCCAACAAAACCGCAGCUGUCGCUCCCAUCUCUGUUCCUGCUCCAGUUGCUGCUGCCGCCACUGCUGCCGCCAUCACUGCCACCGCUGCCACCAACACCACCACCAUGGUAGCUGCUGCUCCAGUGGCUGUCGCUGCUGCCGCUCCAGCCGCCGCCACCGCCGCCGCCCCGUCUCCAGCAACUGCUGCUGCUGCUCUCGCUGCUGCUGUUUCUCCAGCUGCUGCUGCUGCUCAGAUUCCAGCUGCUGCCUCUGCUGUUGCUGCUCCUGCUGCUGCUGCUGCUGUUCAGCUUGCUCCAGCUGCUCCGGCUCCGGUUCCAGCUCCGGCUCCAACUCCAGUUCCGGCUUCAGCAGCGGCUCAGGCUUCUGCUCCAGCUCAGACUCAGGCACCAACUCCAGCUCCGGCUGCAGCUGCUCCUCCAGCUCCAGCUCCAGCUCCAGCUUUGGCUCAGGCUGAGGCUCCUGCAAGUCCAGCUGCCGGUUCUGGACCACGUCGUUUGUCUAUACCAAGUUUGAGCUGCAAUCCAGAUAAGACAGAUGGCCCUGUUUUCCACUCCAAUACUCUGGAAAGAAAAGCUCCCAUUCAGAUCCUGGGACAAGAGCCUGAUGCAGAGAUGGUGGAAUAUCUCAUCUAAAUGGCCUAAUCAAGAGCUGCAGUUUAUCAGCAAGAAUGCUUUUAAUCAUUUUUCCCUUUUGUUUGUUCUUAUUUUGAGGGUGAGGACAAGGGUUGGGUGGGGGGAUGUUUUUUAAAGGGACUUUUUAUUGAAACAACAUAGUACUUAGGUAAUACCAUAUGAACUCCAGUCUGUUCUGGUACACUUAGAGAGUACCUCUAAAGACAGAUCAAUGAGAAUGUGCUCUAAAGUUUAUUGUUGGGAUUUAUACAAAUUCUGGGACUGUUAAUAGCUGGAUAUACAUCAGUGUUUUCAAUGUGCUGAAAUUUGUUUAGCAUUUCCAUAUUCUGGAUCAUUCUUUAAUCGAAGAGCACAGUAUGUUUGGAAGACAGUGUGUAACAUGUAGUUCAGAAGUCGAAGCCAGAGAGGAUUUGGGUGUGUGCUGUUUUGUAUAGUUUCCAUCUAGGCAGCAUCCAGAAAGAGCUCUCGCCUCGGGCACAUGAAAGGGAAUAGUUUUAAGAGCUAUGUAAACUGGAGAAAAGGUAGGGAGUAUUGGGGUGUGGAAGGGUGCUGGAGCUAAUUUUCCCUCCCAAUUUCCCAGCUACCCUGGGCCAGGAGAUUGUGUUUAUCUUUAUUUCAGUGGUGCUUUGGAAGUGGAUUCUUUUGGUUCCCUCGUGGAGGUUCAUACAUUCAUAUAUAUACUGUGGAGUAAUUUAUGCAUUUGGAUAAUUAAUAUAUUGCUUUCAGAUGCUAGGAGAGUAAAUUAGCUGAGUGAUGUACAACUUCUUCUCUCUUAGGGAGUUAGACCAUCCGAGGCCUUGAUGGAGAGUUGCAUGAGGCGCUGUAUGCAGACUUGUGUGGUCUGUGUGUAGCCAGGAACAUAGCUCGCUUGCCUUUCCCGAGACCAACCUGCUUAGUGUUUAUUUCUUCUCCAGCACAAAUUCACUGGCUGUGUCACCAGUCUCAAAUUGCCAAUCAUUUGCAAAAUGAGGAAGCGUUUUCGUUGACAGGUUGAAUGCUUUGAAUUUCUGGUGACUACUUUGAAAUAACUCGUGUUGUUUUCCCAAAUUCUUAGCAUACGUCUUAAAAGGCAUAUAUGACUAUCACCUCCAAGGGAAUAGCAUCAGAAGCCCAAAGUACUAUGCUGCAGUCAGGGGAGAGGGAGGCUGCAGCAGUAUCCUCAGCUACCUCUUCUCACUGCCAGUGACUCCAUCUUGGAAUACCUUUGGAGAGCAGCAGGAAACGCACAUGUGGGCAGGGACCAAAGAGGCCGUGGCUCCAAGCUUUGCCUUAGGUCUGCCUCCAGGGACACAGAAGGGCUGCCUGUUGCCACAGGUCUCUGCCCUGUGUCGCCUCUCUGCCCUUCAUUAAGGUGAUAAAUCCAUAGACAAUGUCAUUAAGAUCAGUUUUCAGGGGUAUGG